AUGGUCCUAGUCGCCUACUCAGACUCAGAAGCCUCGAACUCCGAGCCCGAAGACCAGCCCCCUGCCACCACAUCGACAGCUCAAAAAACAACAACCUCGAAACCACCAACGCAAUCCGCAAAACCCACCACCAUCGUCGACCGCACGAACCCCCGCAAAAUCCGCGUCGCCUUACCAGAUACAAAACCCGACAACGCAGAUGCGGAUGCCCACACGGACGCAGACGGUCCGGCCCGGAAAAAGCCUAGGAUAGGAGGCGGGAAAGGCGGCGCAUUCGCCGGCUUUAACUCGUUCCUCCCGGCGCCGAAACGGACGAAUGCCGCUUUAGAACAGGAGAAGAAGGCUGCUGGUGGUGCGGCGGGUCAGCGGAAGGUGUUUAGUUUGAAGACGGGUGCUGCGCCUGGGUUUGAUCGCGGGGCGGAUGAGGAGAUGAGGAAGGAGAUGGCGUUUGCGGAGUUGGGUGGUGGUAGUUCUGGUGGCAAUGGAGAUGGAGAGGGAGAUGAUGAGUCUACAAUCCCGAAGGCGGGGAGUUUACGUUGGGAGGAUGGUGCUGAUUCGCCGAUGGUGGAGAAGAAGACGGAGGAGGUGGUGCUCAAGGGGAAUCCGAUGAUGUUCAAGCCGUUAUCCGUGGCUAGGUCCGGACAGAAGAAGAAGAAGAAGACGAUGGCUACGAUUAUACCGCCGCCUGUUGCGAAGGAGGUUAAAGAAGGCAUUGGAGGCGUAGGAGGCGCUCAAUCGGUAUCGCAGCCUCCGGGUCAAGCACAGAACCCUGUUGCGCCCCCUCCCUCUGCUCCGAAACCGAAGGUUAGCCUUUUCUCGCUUUCAUCAGAGGAAGCGACAGCUCCAGAGGUGCCAGGUGCCGCACCGGGAUCAACAUAUGAACCAUUGAUAUACACGGCAAAUGAAGACGCACCGGCAGCAGGGCCCACGCCAGAAGCAGAGUCUAUUCCCUCCACGUCACAAACAGCAGCGCCCUCAGCGCAAACAUUAGAUCACAUCGCCGACGAUCUGAACCUUUCCCGUUCUCAGCGCCGCCAGUUAUUCGGUCGGAAUGCAGACGCCUCCAAGUCGCGGAUUCUUCACUUCAACACAGAUGCGGAGUACGCUGCGAACCAGGAGAUGGCGCGCAAGGAUUUGGCUGCGACUCAGCACAAUCCGGUUCGCGCUAUUGCUCCUGGCAAGCACACGCUGCAACAGUUGGUCAAUGCGGCGAGCUCACAGAAGGAAGCGUUGGAGGAGAGCUUUGCGUCUGGAAAGAGGAACAAGAAGGAGGCUGGUGCUAGAUAUGGGUGGUAA